GGCCGCAGGGGAGAGAGAGAGAGAGGAGAGAGGCGGGCACAGCGCUCGCAGUGAGGUCGAUCGGUAGCUCCCACUGCGUCCCUCGCCAUGGCCGCCGGUCGAGCUCUGUUAUCGUCCCAGAACGGGCUCGCCGCUGUUGCGCCCCUGUCCUCCAUAGGUUACCGAGCCAGAGGACUCGCUUCCUCCCUUCCCCUCCUCCGCCGCCGCUGCCCCUCCGCUUUCGCCUCGUCUUCCGCGCGCUGCUGCAGUCGUCCGCAUAGCGAGGGCGCCGGGGAACGGGUCAUGAAACCCGAAAAGGAUGAGGCUUUCGUGCUCACAACCCCUCUUUACUAUGUCAAUGCGCCGCCCCAUAUGGGCAGCGCCUAUACCACCAUCGCCGCUGAUGCCAUUGCCCGAUUCCAGAGGCUUCUAGGAAAGAAAGUUGUAUUCAUCACAGGAACCGAUGAGCAUGGAGAAAAAAUUGCUGCUGCUGCAGAAGCUAGUGGCAGGAGCCCCAGAGAACAUUGUGAUACUAUUUCCCAGUCUUAUAGGAUUCUGUGGAGAGAGCUAGAUAUAGCAUAUGACAAGUUUAUCCGCACUACUGAUUCGAAGCAUGAAGCAAUAGUCAAAGAAUUUUACUCUAGAGUGCUUAACAAUGGCGAUAUAUACAGGGCUGAUUAUGAGGGUCUCUACUGUGUGAACUGCGAGGAGUACAAGGAUGAAAAAGAAUUGCUUGAGAAUAACUGUUGCCCAAUGCAUUUAAAGCCUUGUGUUCGUCGGAAGGAAGAUAACUAUUUUUUUGCAUUAUCAAAGUAUCAGAAAACACUGGAAGAUUAUUUAACAUCCAAUCCAGAUUUUGUGAAGCCUUUAUUCCGCCUGAAUGAGGUGCAAGGUUGGAUAAAAAGUGGACUGAGAGAUUUCUCUAUAUCCCGCUCAUCCGUAGAGUGGGGCAUACCUGUGCCUAAUGAUGAUAAACAAACUAUAUAUGUCUGGUUUGAUGCUUUAUUGGGGUAUGUUUCUGCAUUGUUAGAGGAGGGUGAGCAAACAAAUUUAGAACAAGCUGUUUGUUCUGGUUGGCCUGCUUCACUGCACUUAAUAGGCAAGGAUAUCUUGCGGUUUCAUGCGGUUUACUGGCCUGCUAUGCUACUAUCAGCAGGAUUAAGUGUUCCAAACAUGGUAUUUGGGCAUGGAUUCUUGACGAAGGAUGGUAUGAAGAUGGGGAAAUCACUAGGAAAUACACUUGAACCGAAGGAUCUAGUGCAAAGAUUUGGAGCUGAUGCUGUUAGGUAUUUUUUCUUGCGGGAAGUGGAAUUUGGUAAUGAUGGGGAUUAUUCAGAGGAUCGGUUCAUCAACAUUGUGAAUGCACAUCUUGCUAACACAAUUGGAAACCUUCUGAACCGUACCCUUGGGCUUUUAAAGAAAAACUGCCAGUCAAUGUUGGCCUUUGAUUCCAUUAUUGCAGCUGAAGGAAACUCAUUUAAAGAUUCUGUAGACCAAUUGGUAGAGAAGGCCAAGUACCAUUAUGAGAACCUUUCAUUAUCAUCAGCAUGCGAAUCUGUCUUAGAUAUUGCGAAUGCUGGUAACCUUUAUAUGGAUGAACGUGCUCCAUGGUCUCUUUUCAAGCAAGGUGGUGCAAGUUCUGAAAUGGCUGCAAAGGAUCUCGUCAUAAUACUGGAAGUAAUGAGAAUAAUAGCAACUGCUCUAUCUCCGAUCACUCCAAGCCUGUGUUCCAGAAUAUAUAGCCAACUUGGGUUUUCAAAGGAACAAUUUGAAGCAGCAACAUGGGAUGAUACCAAAUGGGGAGGGCUGAAGGCAGGUCAGAUAAUGGCAGAGCCUAAGCCAGUUUUUGCAAGGAUCGAAAACAUUGACGAUGGAAAUGAGGUGGUCCAAAACAAGAACAAAGACAAGAAAAAAGCUUCGCACCGGCAAGGGCUUGUAGAGGCUUAAUGCUACAUCUGCUAGCAUUCGCAGGUUAUAUAAUUUUUGUCUUUUUUUUUGUCACAAUUUUUUUUCUUUUUGGAGAUUAUGUAGGUGAAGCCCUUAAACCUGUCGAUUGAGAGGAAAAGCUAUUUAUGCAUCCGUCUGUAGUAUCUUGGAAUGUUUACUAUUUAGCCUCUGCAUUCAAGAUGAAGUUUUCUUGGAACAAUUCCAAUGUACCAUUUCUUUUGCUUUUUCUUUCGUCAGUGAGCAAUACCACUUGGCUUUAUGUCUUGAUAGUAUUUGAUUUAAUGAUCAUUAAUAAAAAUUGUGAUUAAUAGCUAUCGUACUCUUCA